UGGGGGAGAAUCACAGAAACGUUCCUCGCGGGCGCCCGGUGCAGGAUGGGGCGUGUUGAACGAACGAACACGCCUGUGAAGCAUGGCCCCUAGCACCAAAUCAGUCGAGUCGCAUGGCUCUGCGCUCGAAAUGACCAAAAGAAGACAAGCCAUUGAGCUGAGAAAGACCAUGAAGCCUUUGAUGGAGAAGAGGCGACGCGCGCGCAUCAAUGAGAGCCUCAACCACCUGAAGACCCUCAUUCUCCCUUUAACUAGAAAAGAUAAAUCUCGGUAUUCCAAGCUUGAAAAAGCUGAUGUUCUUGAGAUGACCGUGAGAUUUCUGAAGGAUCUUACACAUGCACCAAUUAAAAGUCCAUCGGACAGUUACAGAGAGGGCUACAAAGCCUGUCUUCAGCGGGUCUCCACCCUGCUUCCCAAAACGAACCUCCUGGACGCGGACACAAGCCGGCGCCUCAACGAGUACAUCCAGCAGGCCAUGACACCCUGCCAGAGCUGCAACUGCAGCGGUGAGACCUCCAGACCUGCUCCCCAGAUGAACUCGAAAAGUGUCCAGAACUUCAGGUCCUCAGGAGCUGCAAUCUCAAGAUUUGAAGCUCAGCGUGCGUCAAGAGGCAGCAUCCUGAUCCAACCGCAGCCAGCACCGCAGGCUGUCAGUAAUAACGUGUGGAGACCUUGGUAGAUCUAGAUACAGAAGCA